AUCUGCAGGCCACUUCAGAGGUCUCCUGGUUCCAGAACUCAACACCAGCAUGUACUCAGUUAGAAAGGCCUAAGACCAAGACACCCAUUUGAAGAGAACAGUGGUGUUGAAACCCAAGCCUUGCUUCAGAAACAUCAAGCUCUGUCGUCUCCAACGAUACUACACAUAAAGGAUGGACCGGAGACAACUUUCCAGGAAUAGAAGCACUGUGUGCCAUCUAUAUCACUUAUGCUGUGAUCAUUUCAGUGGGCAUCCUCGGAAAUGCUAUCCUCAUCAAAGUCUUUUUCAAGACUAAAUCCAUGCAAACAGUUCCAAAUAUUUUCAUCACCAGCCUGGCUUUCGGAGACCUGUUACUUCUGCUGACUUGUGUGCCCGUGGAUGCAACCCACUACCUGGCAGAAGGAUGGCUGUUUGGGAAGGUCGGUUGUAAAGUGCUUUCCUUCAUCCGGCUCACUUCUGUCGGUGUGUCAGUGUUCACGCUAACAAUUCUCAGCGCUGACAGAUACAAAGCAGUCGUGAAGCCACUUGAACGACAGCCCUCCAAUGCCAUUCUGAAGACCUGUGCAAAAGCUGGUGGCAUCUGGAUCAUGUCUAUGAUAUUUGCUCUGCCAGAGGCUAUAUUCUCAAAUGUAUACACUUUCCAAGAUCCUAACAGAAAUGUGACAUUUGAAUCAUGUAACUCCUACCCUAUCUCUGAGAGGCUUUUGCAGGAAAUACAUUCUCUCUUGUGUUUCUUAGUGUUCUACAUUAUCCCGCUCUCGAUUAUCUCUGUCUAUUAUUCUUUGAUUGCCAGGACCCUUUACAAAAGCACCCUGAACAUACCGACUGAGGAACAAAGCCAUGCCCGAAAGCAGAUUGAAUCCCGGAAGAGAAUUGCCAAAACAGUAUUGGUCCUGGUGGCUCUGUUCGCGCUCUGCUGGUUGCCGAAUCAUCUCCUGUAUCUCUACCACUCAUUCACUUAUGAAAGCUAUGCGGACUCCUCUGAUGUCCCUUUUGUCAUCAUCAUUUUCUCUCGUGUGCUGGCUUUCAGCAAUUCCUGUGUGAACCCCUUUGCUCUCUAUUGGCUUAGCAAGACCUUCCAGCAGCAUUUUAAAGCCCAGCUCUGCUGCUUCAAGGCAGAGCAGCCUGAGUCUCCCCUUGGUGGCACACCCCUUAACAACCUCACUGUGAUGGGGCGGGUUCCAGCUACUGGGAGCGCACACAUCUCUGAAAUUAGUGUGACCGUGUUCAGUGGCAGUAGUGCCAAGAAGGGAGAGGACAAAGUUUAGAUGUUCCAUUAAGAAUGAUGAUUUUUUUUCAGUUCCACCGUGUGUAUCCAGCUUUAAGCUGUGCAUAGUACAGUGUCUGGGUUUUUUGUUGUUGAUGAAUUCUGUUGAAGUUUUCAGAAAGAAUUAUCCUUGUAAGUAAUAGACAAACCAUCAUUUUCUUCAAGGUGCAGACAGUAAUGCCAUUGGGCUUUCGAAAUAAAAUGAAGCCCACCAGGGAGAGAAAAAUAGGUUUGGAAAUACCAGUCAACUGUGAAGAAGGCUGUAUAGAAGGGAUGGUAAGAAACAAGAUAAAGGUUUAAAAGUCAAAUUGGAUCCCAUCUCUCUGAUACUCCUCAUUUCUCAUGCACUCACGUGGUUAUCUUAAAAUAGUGUUUGUGUUGAUUUGUGCUGUAAAUCUAGAGAUUCUACUUCGUAAACGAGGAGAUCAAAAAGAGAGAAAACAUCUCUCUCAGUGUUCUGUAAAAUCUCUCUCUAUAUGUGCUUUCACAGAGUGAUUGCCCUUUUCCUUCAAUCACCAUUCCAUUAUAAGAAAUCUUGCAAGUGAAAUGAAAAUGUUUUAAGAGUUGUAAGGUGUUUAGCAUUGAAUCUGGGGCAGGGUGCUUCCCUUACUGGGUCAACAUGUCCUGAAUUUACGUAAUUCUAUUGCCAUUUGGUUAAUAACUAGGCAAAGCCAUGUCUCACAAGUGUUGUGAGGAAUAUGUCUUAUUCACAGGACGACCAGGGGCCCCAGAGAAAGAUUCUUGUCCAAGUUUCUAAGCUGCCACUGUUGGAAAUUCUUUCCUCUAAGGAAACUCAUUUCAUUUGGGUGAGCAGUGCCCUCUUUCUAAAACCCUGAGGAACUGCCACAUGGAAUCAUCACCUGGCUGUGCAAGCGUCAUCAGAUCAUCUACCUGCUUGAUUUUCCUCAACUUGAUGGGUGCCUAAGUCCUAGAGUUCACCUCUGUUUCUAGAAGUCAGACAGAAGGCUCUGACUUGCUAUCCUCGUCUCCAACUUGCUAACGCAAAUAAGCUUGCUAAAAAAUGUAUUUGGGAAAACAAAAUCCUUGUAGUCAAUAGAUUUGUCAGACUUCAAUUUGUGCUUUCAGAAAACGAAUUCUUGAAGUAAAUAGAAGCUUACCUUUGGCAUUAUAGUUACAUUGUAUUUUUAAAAACUUGUGUGUUUUGUCUUGUUUCAUUUUGUUUUGUAGAAUGCUUUUGGUAUUUUUGAGCUUAAAAUGGCUUGUGCCGUUGUGAACUUCUGCUAAUUAUGUGGCUAAAAGGGGCGGGGCAUAUAUUAACACUGGGCUUUAAAUGUCCUUAAAGUUAGCUUUCUUAAGGUGGGGGUGCUAAUAUUGUAUUAACAUUGCUUUAAAGUGAGCAAAAUUGUUGUAAAUAAUCUGGAGGUGAGCAAACAAAUAAUAAAUAAAGUUUGAAU